AUGCAGUCUCAUCUUUCGAGACGGGUCUUCCGGGCCAUCAUCAACAACGAGCCGCUACACUUUUCGCGAUGCCGCCGAAACCAACUGCUCCAUACCAUCUCCCCCGCACGAGUACGGCCUUGCGUGUCCGGACUUAACCCUGUUUCACGGCGGUCUCUUUUUGCAUUCAGCUUCAACCCAACAAAUACCGGCGAGGGUCAACCUGCGACGUUGCCUACGGAGAAGGGUCUAAAGCCCAUGACCGAUUUGAAACGGUCGCUUGGAGAUAAAAGCAGAGCUCCUCCAAAUCACACAUUAGUGAAAGCUUUUCAGCUGUUCUUCACAUCCCGUGUUGAAAGCCCCGGUGUUAUCAAUCUAUUUCAGGCUCGCUUGCUGUCCAUCACAUGGAAGCACUUGAAGGCUCAACAAAAUGAGCUCGAGGAAAAAGAAUGGCAGGAUGUCUUCUCGGUGGAGAACCUGGAGAGGGUGCUUUUUGUGCUCGCCGAGGCAGAGUGUCUCCCCGAGGCACGCGACACCAUUCUUAAGAUUGCACGGUUUGCCUACCUCGAGCUCUGUGCUGACCAUGGAUUUGGUCCCAACUCCAUAAGCCGACCCGCGCUUUUGGUCUACAUUAACUUAAUGGCCUCCAAUGGCAACCCCGAAGAAGCUCGUCAUGUCAUAAUGAAAUUCGGAGGUCAAUUCCGUGGAGCAAAGCCAUCGCCUUGGCUUAGUGUUCUGAAGGGAUUCGCCUUGAAAGAUGACCGACGCCAGUUGCGAAAGGUCACCCAAGAAUUGGAAAAGUUUGGUGUCAAGUUUGACCAAGCCUCGCACGAGGAGCUCGUCAAGCUGCUGAUUGCACAAGACAUUUCCUCGGCAGUUCAGACAGUUUACGAGUGUCCGAUUGCUGGAGGUUUCGAGCCUUCUGUUGCUGCGAAGAGUGCUGCUAUUCAAUAUGCAAUCCUCAAUUCUGAGAUCCCGUGGGCUAAGCCCAUUUACGAAUCCAUUGCUCGGGAACCCAGCCCGGAGACUGUCGGUACCACUCUUCUUUGGGACGCAGCUCAUGGCAGCAGUGCUUCGUCACUCCAAGAGAAGGUCAAGUCUUGGACUGGAGCCAACCCUCCGCUCAAAUCAGCUAUUAACAUUGCCCAUGUGAAUGGUCUUAUCCAAUACGCAAACUCUCUGCCUAACCCUCAACUGGCUAACGAUUACGCUAAACUGGCUGAGCACUGGGGUCUCACUCCGGAUGACAAGACACAUCUGCUGCAGCUGGAGUCAUUCAUCCAGGCUAGCAAUGUGGAGCAGACUCUCGCAAUUCUCGAAGAGAAGAUUGACCCCAGUGUGUUAGCCAGUGAUAACCUUCCCCUGGCUAAUAAGCUCAUCACAAUGCUUUGCCUGUCGGAGCAGAAAGACGAUUUGUUCCAACAAAUUUCGUCUCUCCUCGACCCCUUGUUCCAGGAAAACGUGUCAUUAAGUGCAGAGACCAUUGCUGCAUUGACGCGCAUGUUGCUUUAUCGCCACGAUUGGGAAGCUGUGUCUGAGCUCCUCCGCCCCAGGCUGGGAAACCUGGAUAGCGAAGGCAAAGGCCUGAUUCGUACCGCCUUGACCGAUUAUAUUCUGGACAAGGACCAAACAGAUGCCAAUGUAUGGGAGGUUUAUCAGCUUCUCAAACUGGCCUUCUCCGAGACAGGUGUCGCCAUACGCACAGAGCUCAUGUCCUCUUUCUUCGAACGGGAACGCAGUGACUUGGCUUUCUUGGUCUUUGGACACAUGCGCCAGGCGGAGGACCCAAGUCGUCGACCUAAGCCCGACACCUACGCUCGAUGCUUCCAGGGCUUGGCCCGAACGGCUGAUGCGGCCAACCUCGAGCUUGUUCACAACAUGCUCAAGCUUGAUUUGGAGGUGGAACUUAAUACACGAAUCUUCAAUGGAUUGAUGCUAGCAUAUGCGGCGUGUGACAUGCCCGAUAAAAGUAUGGUGAUUUUCCGACAAAUUCUGCAAUCAGAGGAAGGGCCCUCGCAGAAAACCAUUGCGAUUUUCUUUAAGGUGUGCGAAAAGCACCACAAUGGCGUGCAGGAGGCGAUCAAAAUGAUGGCGAAGGUCAAGAAACUGGAGAUUACGAUCGAUCGGCGGCUGUACACUGCAUACAUUGAGGCGGUUGCUUCACAAUGCGAGUUUGAUAUGGCGACUGAAGCCAUCGACAACAUGCAAGCUGAGAUUGGCGUGGCCCCUACAAGUAAUACCAUUGGAUUGUUCUAUAAUGCCAUCCCAUACCAAUACUGGAAGGAUGAGGUUGAGAAGUGGGCGCUUGAAAAAUACCCCGAACAGUGGACACAUUUGAUCCAAACACCCCGAACUGAGCAUGAGGAAGGGCCAAAGUUUGAUGGCAUCACGAACGAGACGUGGGUUUAA